CCUCUGUCACAGGUCACGUGUGUAUGUUUGUAGCGCUGUACGUCCAUAGUGGCGUUAGCAUCAGUCUGACCAUAGAUUCUCAAAAUGGAUACAGAUUAUGCAGAACAAACCUCACCAUAGAAAGCGAGUUCCUUCACUUCAGUACCGAGCCCUGCUUCAGCCAGGAUGUUCCCCAGCCUGGCCCACAGACCAUGGCAUGUCUUCUGCAGGGUCUCCUUGCAGCACAGGGCGUCACUGUCACAUCGGUCCCCGAGGUUCCCUCAACUCUGCUACGGUUGGCAGAGUGGAGGUGUACAAAGCUUAUGGUUCAGUCUUCCAGACUGCCGUGUAGCUUCUCUGGGGCUGAGCAAAGUCCAGUACUACUCUACCUCUGGCAGCAGCAAUGAUGGUCCUCCAAAAUCACCAUCAAAUGAUGCUCCCACGGCAGAAAAAAACAUGUCUGGUGCUACAAAAGCCACCUCAGCUUCAUCAGGUUCAACACCUCAGGGCCUGACUAAAGCUGAGACAAUUCAAGUGAAAGUUCGGGCUGUCCUGAAGAAAAGGGAGUAUGGAGCCAAAUACACUCAGAACAACUUUAUCACUGCAGUCAGAGCCAUGAAUGAGUUCUGCCUCAAACCAAGUGAUUUAGAACAACUCCGGAAGAUCAGAAGGCGCAGCCCACACGACGACACAGAGGCUUUCACUGUGUUUUUGCGGUCAGACGUGGAGGCCAAAGCACUAGAUGUAUGGGGAAGCCACGAAGCUCUAGCCCGAGAGAGAAAACUCAGGAAAGAGGUGGAGAGAGAAUACCAAGAGAAUAUUUUUCGGAAUCAGCAGCUGUUGAAGGAAUACAAAGACUUUUGGGGAAACACUAAGCCACGAUCAGGCAAGAGGACGACAUUUCUCCAAGGGCCGGGGAAGGUGGUCAUGGUUGCUAUUUGCAUCAACGGGUUGAAUUUCUUCUUUAAGCUCCUGGCUUGGGUCUACACUGGAUCAGCCAGCAUGUUCUCUGAAGCCAUCCACUCUCUGGCUGACACCUGCAACCAGGCUCUGCUCGCUCUGGGAAUCAGCCAGUCGGUCCGCAACCCCGACGCCGUGCACCCGUACGGCUUUUCCAACAUGCGCUACAUCGCCUCCCUGAUCAGCGGGGUGGGCAUUUUUAUGAUGGGAGCGGGCCUCUCUUGGUACCAUGGCAUUAUGGGAUUGCUUCACCCGCAGCCAAUUGAAUCUUUGUUAUGGGCUUACUGCAUUUUAGCAGGCUCUCUGGUGUCUGAAGGAGCCACACUACUAGUUGCCAUCAAUGAGAUAAAGAAGAGCGCCCAUCAGAAUGGACUGUCUUUUUAUGAAUAUGUAAUGCAGAGUCGGGACCCCAGUACUAACGUGGUGCUGCUUGAGGACGCUGCUGCUGUAUUAGGAGUCAUGCUGGCUGCUGGCUGCAUGGGACUGACCUCACUCACAGGUAACCCGUACUACGACAGCUUGGGCUCUCUUGGCGUAGGCACGUUGCUGGGCGCUGUCUCAGCCUUCCUCAUCUACACGAACACAGAGGCCCUGCUGGGACGCUCCAUACAGGCCGAACGUGUGCAGAAGCUCACAGAGUUUCUGGAGAACGACCCCGCUGUGAGGGCCAUCCAUGAUGUGAAGGCCACUGAUAUGGGACUGAGUAAAGUGCGCUUCAAGGCUGAAGUUGACUUUGAUGGCCGAGUCGUGACGAGGUCCUAUCUGGAAAAACAAGACAUUGACCAAAUCCUAAAUGACAUUCAGCAAGUAAAAACCCCUGAGGAGCUGGAGAACUUCAUGCUGAAACACGGGGAGAACAUCAUCGACACCCUGGGGGCCGAGGUGGACCGCUUGGAGAAAGAACUCAAGCAACGUAACCCGGAGGUCCGUCAUGUAGACUUGGAGAUCCUAUAAUACUCUGCUGAGGAGCCAUCCUGAUGUACCAACAAGAGCAGUAGAAGAAGAAAAGAUGAAAGGAGGGCCAAGCCUGCCUCUGCAAUCUGCCUCCCGUUCUGACCACCACCACACAAACCCGCACAAGUCUUACUGUAGAAUAGUCCAGAAGGAGAACCACGGACAGCGUGUGAGCAGGGCUUCAUCUCCAGUUAGCGACGCUGCGAGUUCAGCCUGCCGGAGAUCCACUUUCACAUUCGAGUGUUUCUGGAGAAAGACUUCUGACUGUCAUUAGCCUCCUCGAAUUUCAAAAAAAGAAAUUCACACACGACUCCUGACACUUUAGUCUCCUGGUGUUUUGCGUGAACUCGCAUUCCUCCAUAAAUGUGUUUGGAUGUGGUUGAGAUGAUGUCCGUUUCAGAAGCAAAACCCCAAACAAGGACCAGUAUCAUUUACUCGUACUUUACUUUAAUGUUAUGCUUGAACCACAGUGAUAGCGUUUCCUUCAUUAGUGCAGAGGAAACCAGAGAGCUACAUAUUCAAACAGACUUAUUUAAAGCCUAGAUGAUACUAGAUGUUUUUCUUUUAAUGUAAUAAAAAGAGAAACUGAAGAUGGCACAGGGCAGCAGGUUCUGUAAUGAAGACGGAUUUUGUGAUGAAUAGAUUUUAUUGCUACUACAGAAAAAUAUGCAAAUUAAAUGGUAUCAUUGAGGGUUUUCAUUGAUUUGUAUGAUGCAGUUAAAGAGUAAACUGAUGCCGAAUACAGUAGUGUCUAAUGAGCAUCAGCUUAUGCAAAUAAACUACUAGAAAACAGUGUUGGAACGUUAUGACAACAAGUUAAAUGAUUUAUCGGACAGAUUAAAAGACUGAACAUCUUCCAAGCCGAGAAAUAACAUUACAAGCAUCUCUUUUCUUUCACUUCCUUUUUCUCUACAAACUCGGACGUUCUCAAAGUUUAAGAUUCACAAACUUCUUGCGAGGUUUUCAGUCGAUCAGCAGAUUGUAUUGAUCCAAAGAUGAAGUACUGAAAGGGAUGUCUGCACCCACCAUGUGUAAAUAAGUGGUCUUGAUAUUGACAAAACAAACGGACCUGCUGCAUAUUUUGUAGGUCUGAAAACUGAUCGACUCAUCAUUCAAAUCAAAACAAAUCAUCAGGAUGUCACCCUGUACAGUCCGUGUGCAUAAUUUAUCAAGUGAACCGUCUCCUGCAGUGUUUCUGCUGAAUAAUCUCCGUAAAAACAUACGUCAACUGUGUUUUUUGCUUUGCGUAUGGUCACAGCUGCAGCAUGGAACACACCUGCCUGCCUGCCAACAUCUUUGUUCUGCUCCAGGAGGUGGGCCAGAGCCAUUUCAUCUUUGCUUGGGAGGGUGGAUGUAUAUUUUUGAAGGUGUUAAUAGUGAAAUAUUUCCCCUUUGGUUAUAACUACGUUGCCACUGCUGAAGGACUUGGAAUAAAAUUGAAAUAAUUUAUUAAAUAA